UAAUUGAGACGAUCCGUUGGAUUUGACACCCAACGACGGCUCUGAUCCUUUCCCUCCUCAUCAUGGAUUUUCCCCUGUUCGCAUUAUGCGGGAAUUAUUGGAUGGGCGCGCGGCAGGUUGGGGGGUCAUGCGCGCCCGCGUGCACGGGACUCCCAGCUCAGCGGCGUGGUGUUCGCUCCGUUCAUUUAUAAGCCCCGACGAGCCAACCAGAGGAAUCAGAAGCCCGAUACUUACACCGAUGAUCAAAUCAAGCCUCAAACCCCUGCCGCGCACUCCCUAAUCAAGCUAACCUAAGUUAGCUAGUGAACAAUAAGAGAAAGCAUGCUGCGUCCGGGUAUCUCGGUCAAGAAGCGCCAGGGCGGCGGGGGCUUCGCGCUUGGGUUCGCGCUCGGGUGCGGCUGCAAGGACGCCAAGAGUGUGUCGGUGUGUGCCUCGCCGUCGCCGUCUGCCGCCGGUACAUCGACGACGACGGAUCAGACGCGGCCGCGCAGGGGCGGUGGCGCCUCGAGGUCGGCGUCCACGGCGACGGACACGCCCACCUCUGCGUCGUCGUCCUCUCUGUGGGAGGACGCCGUGGCGGAGUUGGACUGCAACGACGACCACUUCAAGACGGAGACUACCGCGCAGAGCUUCUCCGGCCUGCUGCGGGAGCUCAGCGAGCUGGAGCAGAGCGUCGUGUCGUGGGGCGCGCGGAAGAGCUGCCACCACCGCGAAAACGAGAAACUCCCCACACCACCGCCGCAGGAGCAGUGCAGGAAGGCGACGAGAAGCUGCGGCGACUUGACGGCGAGGACGGGCGGCGGUAAAGAUUACUGUGACAGCGUGGUCCAAGUCGAAGUGGGGCUCGAUGGCAGCUUGGCGGUGGUGAAGCAGUCGGAGGACCCGCUGGGCGACUUCCGGGAGUCGAUGGUGCAGAUGAUCGUGGAGAACGGGAUCGUGGGCGGCGAGGAGCUGCGCGAGAUGCUCCGCCGCUUCCUCGCCCUCAACGCGCCGCACCACCACGACGUCAUCCUCCGCGCCUUCGCCGAGAUCUGGGACGCCGUCUUCGCCGCCUCCUUCGACCCUGUCCCCGUCUCUGUCCCCGCCGCCGCCGCCCCGGCACACAAGUACGCCCGCCGCGAGCCGCCCAUGCCAAGGACGCCUCCGCGGCACCGCCACACUCCGUCGGCAUGGCGCGUGUAAACGCGCGCACUGCACUACUGUUUGACCCGGCCCGAACUAGGGCGGGCAACAGCCACUGCACUGUGUAUUACAGUACUGUUACCUCGAUGGAGUCAACAUUCGCAUACUACGCCGCCCCUGUAUCAUUUGGUUUCCGAUUUGAGCUAGCUGUAUCAAUAAGGGAAUUGAUGUUGGAUUUGCCACCA